AUGACGAGCGAGCAAUUGCCAGCAAUGAUACAGCCCAUUGACCCACAUGCUGCUGCCCCAGCACCAACAAAGGAUGGUACUCAGUGGGUAGAUCCGUCAUUCAAUAAUCAAUAUCAGCCAUUUUACAAUGGAAUGCAUGGUACACAAGAAAUCAUCCAGCAACCAGAGGCUGCUGGAACAAAAGAAAAAGAGCGUAUUGCUGAACGUCUCGCAGGCUUCAAUCCAAAGGAUAACUCUGUAUGGCAUGAAAUUACACAAAGAUUUGGUGCAAGUAUUAAGCAGCCAGAGCUUUUAAGUAUUGCCAAUGUCCUCGCACAAAAUGCUAAUAUCAAAUUAGAUCGUGAUGCAAAGAGAAGGAAAUCUGUUCUUAUUAAGUGGUUUGAGGAGAACUGGGCUUCCAUCCGUCCAUUCCUUGAUUAUGUUGUUCUAGAAGAUAGCCAUCAGCAGUAA